GGGGGGGGCGAUCCUGCCGACUAUGGCCACCGACAACCGGAUCAAUUUCUGGAGGAGGAACGCCAAGGUUCCCGGAAGCGUGCAGCCGGUUUAUGGAGCGCAGCAUCCACCUCUAGAUCCUCGCUUGCGACGGACGUACCCAAAGGACACUAAGCCCAAGUUCAAUAACCUGAAGUCUAAGAAAGCCUGCAGCUUCCAGGAGUUUGCCUGCAGCACCAACGAUGCUUGGGACAUUGAUGAUGAGGAGGAUGGUCAUUUCAGCGGGACUCCUUUCCCAGCGGCUCUCCCCCCUUCAGGCCAGGAGUCAACCUCAUCUCUUCACAGCCAGAAACUAAGGCAGCAGGCAGAAAAGCCCGACAGGAACGAAGCUCCCCAUCCCCAGCAGGACCAUCCCUCUGACUGUCCGCACGUCAACGGGACGUUUGGAAAGUCUUGCAGUGACGCAGACCUCAGCUCAUCCUCAGCAGUUCGCUCUCCUCUGCAGAAGCAGCAGUCUCUCCCAGUCCGUCCCAUCAUCCCACUGGUGGCUCGCAUCUCCGAUCAGAACGCCUCGGGGGCUCCGCCCAUGACGGUGCGGGAGAAAAGCCGGCUGGAUAAAUUCAAGCAGCUGCUGGCCAGUCCCAACACCGACCUAGAAGAACUGCGGAAACACAGCUGGUCAGGAAUACCCAGAGAAGUCCGGCCAAUCACGUGGAGACUCCUCUCCGGAUACCUGCCAGCCAACAAGGAGCGCAGGGAGCUGGUUCUGACAAGAAAGCGAGAAGAAUAUUUUGGAUUCAUAGAGCAGUAUUACCACUCCAGAGCAGACGAGCACUAUAAAGACACCUACAGACAGGUAUGUUCUCCUCUGAGUGCUGAGAAGGCAGCAGAUCACAGCUGUGAACCAUUCUCUGCUCUUCUUUUCUGUUCCCAUCAGAUCCACAUCGACAUUCCCAGAACCAACCCCCUCAUUCCGCUGUUCCAGCAGCCGGCGGUCCAAGAGGUAUUUGAGCGGAUCCUCUUCAUCUGGGCCAUCCGCCACCCGGCCAGCGGCUACGUCCAGGGGAUCAACGAUCUGGUCACGCCAUUUUUUGUCGUCUUCUUGUCCGAGUUUGUCACGGAGGAUGUCGAGAACUUCGACGUUGCAGCUCUGCCGCUGGAGACCCAGAGGAACAUCGAGGCCGACAGCUUUUGGUGCAUGAGCAAACUGCUGGAUGGCAUACAGGAUAACUACACCUUCGCCCAGCCGGGGAUCCAGAACAAGGUGAAAGCCCUGGAGGAGCUGGUCGGCCGGAUCGAUGUGGACAUUCACAAUCAUUUCAAGAAAUACGAGGUGGAGUACCUGCAGUUUGCUUUCCGCUGGAUGAACAACCUGCUGAUGAGGGAGCUGCCGCUUCGCUGUACCAUCCGCCUCUGGGACACCUACCAGGCUGAAGCUGAAGGUUUCUCCCAUUUCCACCUCUAUGUCUGUGCUGCGUUUCUUAUCGAGUGGCGCAAAGAAAUCCUCUGCAUGGUGGACUUUCAGAGCCUCCUGAUGCUUCUCCAAAACCUCCCAACCAUCCACUGGGGGAACGAAGAGGUGGGCCUCCUCCUGGCAGAAGCUUAUAGACUGAAGUACAUGUUUGCAGACGCCCCCAGCCACUACAAGAGGUAGAACGCCUGCCCUGGAAGGGCCGCCGCAGUAUUUGGGUCUGACCUAACCCGGCAGCGGAACGGACCGCCGAACGUCAGGCUGGGAAGACGAAGUCUGCGGAAUAUCAGCAGGAUUUAGGAUGGAGCCACGGAGCAACAGGAAGGACUUUCUGAAGCUGCAUCAGAGGCUGUUACAGGAUGGCGCCAUCUUUCAGCGUUUCCUCAAGAACAGGCUGAACGCUGACAGGAUGAUUCCUGGAGAACAGCCUGAACGCUGACAGGAUGAUUCCUGGAGAACAGGCUGAACACUGACAGGAUGAUUCCUGGAGAACAGGCUGAACACUGACAGGAUGAUUCCUGGAGAACAGCCUGAACACUGACAGGAUGAUUCCUGGAGAACAGCCUGAACGCUGACAGGAUGAUUCCUGGAGAACAGGCUGAACACUGACAGGAUGAUUCCUGGAGAACAGCCUGAACACUGACAGGAUGAUUCCUGGAGAACAGCCUGAACACUGACAGGAUGAUUCCUGGAGAACAGGCUGAACACUGACAGGAUGAUUCCUGGAGAACAGCCUGAACACUGACAGGAUGAUUCCUGGAGAACAGGCUGAACGCUGACAGGAUGAUUCCUGGAGAACAGCCUGAACGCUGACAGGAUGAUUCCUGGAGAACAGGCUGAACACUGACAGGAUGAUUCCUGGAGAACAGGCUGAACACUGACAGGAUGAUUCCUGGAGAACAGCCUGAACACUGACAGGAUGAUUCCUGGAGAACAGGCUGAACGCUGACAGGAUGAUUCCUGGAGAACAGCCUGAACACUGACAGGAUGAUUCCUGGAGAACAGGCUGAACGCUGACAGGAUGAUUCCUGGAGAACAGGCUGAACACUGACAGGAUGAUUCCUGGAGAACAGCCUGAACACUGACAGGAUGAUUCCUGGAGAACAGGCUGAACACUGACAGGAUGAUUCCUGGAGAACAGGCUGAACACUGACAGGAUGAUUCCUGGAGAACAGCCUGAACACUGACAGGAUGAUUCCUGGAGAACAGGCUGAACACUGACAGGAUGAUUCCUGGAGAACAGCCUGAACACUGACAGGAUGAUUCCUGGAGAACAGGUUGAACGCU